AAAUUUGAAAAAUGGACACAAAACUUAAACAACACGCUAAAAGAGCCUAUUCGUGCAAAUCAUACCAUGGGCUGUCUUUUUGCUCACUAUUUUUGUAAAUUUCAAUCUAUGCUUUUCCCCCCAAUUCCUCAAAGCAAUAAACCCUUGAUUGGUAUUGCUUCUUGGUGAUAAUUGGUAUAUGAUGCCUCCUACGGGAAGGGAGCGUUGUCAAGGUAUUCCUCCUGGCGUCCUUAGUGACCUUCCUGAUAAUGUAAUCGAUGUCAUUCUGAGGCGUUUGCCUUGUAAAGAUGUUGUGAGGACAAGCGUUUUAUCAAGGAAAUGGAGGUAUCACUGGUGUAGAAUUACAGAGUUGACGUUUGAUGUUUCUCUUUGGAGAGAACAAAAGGAUAUACUUUACCCUACAGUUAAAUUUAGAAAGAUUGUCUACCAGCUUUUGACCCAUCACGAAGGACCCAUUACUAAGUUUACCCUCGACAUUCCCGCCCUACAAGAAUGUCCUGUGAUUGACAACUUCAUAUAUUUCCUCUCUAGGAAAGACAUUCAACAUAUUGUUCUUCACCUUCCACUGGAUGAACUAUACGAAUUGCCUUCUUCACUUUUCAUUUGUUCGCAGCUGAGGCAUCUAAAUCUUCAUGAUUGUUUAGUACAUCCUCCAUCGACCUUUGAAGGAUUUGAUCGGUUAGUCAGCCUGGAACUAUGUAGAGUCGAGAUUUCUUCUGAAUCGCUUGGAAGUUUAAUAUCUCAUUGUCCGUUGCUUGAGAAAUUGGUGCUGAAAACCUUGAAAGUUUUAAGCGUACUUGAAAUUAAUGCCCCGAUGCUGAGAUCCUUUGAUUUCACAGGCAGUAUAAGUUCUCUCUGUCUAAAGAAUGUACCUGUUCUGACAAAAGCAUCUUUGAUAUGUGAGCAUUCUUCUAUGGUGGUAGAGAAUUUUGAUUAUGCAAAGUUUUUCGAGUCUUGUUCUGGUCUCGAGCACCUCCUCUUGAACUUCGGUUAUGGUUAUGAUGAGUUCUUUGCAGAUGAAAUACCAACAAGGCUUCCCUUUUAUCUUAACCGUGUCAAACAUUUGGACCUGUCUCAGAUUGUACUGAAGAACCCAUUUAAGCUUUCAUGUGCUCUAUGCUUGAUAAGAAGCUCCCCAUAUUUAGAAUAUCUCAAAAUUGAGGUUAACAAUAGACCUGAAAGUGAUAUUGAAGAAUCCUUUGAACUCGAACGUUUCUCAGAUGUCACAUUUAAUCACCUGAGGGAAGUUACGGUAGUAAGCUUUGGAGGAACAAUGCCUGAGAUGCAGUUUAUCAAGCUUUUGUUAGCCAAGUCCCCCGUGUUGGUGAAAAUGCAAAUCGAUCCAGCAUUUUAUAUUGACGCAAGAUCAGAAACACUCGCUGAGCUUUUGAAAUUCCAGCAUGCAUCACCUAAAGCGGAAAUAGACUACAUAUCAUAUGACUGAAUAGGUAGAAGCAAAUGUCGGUGUAGUAGUAUCACACUUUGUUUUGCCUUGUCGUAGUAAGAUAACGAGUGUAUCUAUUUUUUGGUAAGAUGAUCAUUUCUGGAAGGAUGUUUUGAUUUGUUUGUUCUGUAAUAACAUUGUCAUUACAUGUUUAAGGAUUUUUACAUUUAGUGCCUGCUCAUGAAGGUUUUCUUUAUAA